UCGAAUCGGAUCCGAUAAGUUUCCAAGACGUUAUGAUAAAGUGGAGCUUUUGUCGUAUAGUAUCAGUGGUUACAAGAACCGUUCAAUAUUGUCACACUCUUUACCUUUUCGCACAAAAGAGCAACGAAACACCACUUACUGAUAAGACGAAAACUCACUCCCAAUGAAGACAACACAAUUAACCUGCUCUCUGCGCAUGCCAUUUACGUGAGCUUUCGUGCAAAGUUCACCUUUCAAUAUCGAUCCUGUCGUGAGAUUCAGUUCAUUCAGUCUGUUUCGGGUAAAAAAAUACUUUUUAUCGUCAAAAAGUUGGUUAAUUUUUGGGCAGAACUAUAUCCAAAGUGUUCGAACUAUGACGAUAUGGUAAACUGAUUCUCUUCGAUUGGUCAUGGUAAACUCUAACUGUACAUAGUCGACGCAGGAAGAACAAAAUUCACAAUCAACCCGUUAACUAAAUAAGUGAAGUACUUGCAUCAAGGAUAAUCAGCAGCACAGCGAUGGAACAAUAUGGCAAUGAUGGCAAUGAUGGCUACGGCCAUGAAAAUUACGAUUAUGAAGCACAAUCUCAACAAAGAGCACCACCGUCUAAGUACCAGGUGAGACCUAAAGUCGAUCCUGAUGCUGAAGGUGAAGUUGAUCCGUCAUUAUAUCCACAAGCAAAGGAUAAGACGCAUAAAAUUCGUGGACGAUCGGAUGUGAUAGAGUUGCUGUGUGGUUCUGUCGAUCAGGAACUUGUUUUCGUGAAAAUUUUUUAUUUUUUCUUUUAUUCGGCAUUCGGAUCGUUGUUUCCAUUGAUGGGCGUUUAUUUUAAGCAGAUGGGAAUGAAUCCCGGACAAUGUGGAUUUUUAAUCGGCAUUCGACCAUUCGUUGAGUUUUUGUCGGCCCCAUUUUGGGGUUCGUAUGCUGACCGAUGUAAAAAGGGGAAAUUACUUCUUCUCGCCUCGUUAACAUCGUGGAUCAUAUUUACACUUCCAUUGGGAUUCAUUCAACCACCAGCGACGAGUUGUAUUGAAUAUUUCAACGAUACGACAUACGAACUGAAAGUACCCCAAGCACCGAUUUCGAGAAUUCAUAAAAGAGAAGCUACUGUCCCAGUGUCUAUCGAUGGUAUCAAUGCAAUAGCCAAUCGUGUGAGACGUGCCGCUCCACCCGAAUCCGAUGCUGGAAUCAGUCCCCUUGAUGUUAGCUAUGCCGUUAAUUUUAUUCCUAAAUUGCACAAGGAUUGGGUGUCGCCAAUGUUUUCGUCGAUUGUCUAUACAACCGACGACAUUCAGAAGGCAUUUUUCUUGCUACUGUUGCUGAUUAUAAUCGGAGAAUUCUUUGCGGCUCCAGCUAUUACGCUAGCGGAUUCAGCGGUCAUAACGUUACUGGGUGAAGAUGCCGACAAAUAUGGACAUCAGAGAAUGUUCGGAUCGUUGGGAUGGGGUUUAGCCAUGUUUUUCGUUGGAAUAGCCCUCGAUCAUUCCACUGCGUUCCCGAAACAUCCGUGCGGUCCGGAAAAGCAAGAGAAAAAUUAUGCAAUUUGCUUCGCAACAUUUUCGGUUCUGAUGGGGGCAGCUUUGUUGACUGCUACGCAGAUCACAUUCAAAUAUGAUUUUGAGGAAUACACAGAACCGGAACCGGUGGAACAAAAACCGUCUUACGAAGAUGAAAUGCAAAAUCAGCUAGCUGCUCAAUUACAUUUACCAGGUUUGGCAGCGCCAGUUGGUGGCUCAGCCCCAGUUCAACCGGCUCUUGGAGCCCAAACCAAGAUAUUUGCUCAAACCACACGCGAAAUGCCGGAAUUCGUAACCGUUAUACGACAAUUCAAAGACAUUAAAUGUGCCUCGUUCUUGUUUGUCGCCUGGUUUAUGGGAUUCGGAAUCGGUUUGAUCUUCACAUUCCUGUUCUGGCAUUUACAGGACUUCGGAGGUUCGCCUACCCUCUUCGGCGUAGCAUCUGUAAUCAAUCACAUUUCCGAAAUUUUCGCCUAUUUCUUCAGUUUCCGAUUGAUCACCCAAAUUGGCCACGUUAAGGUACUGUGUCUCGGCCUUGUAGGAAACAUUCUUCGUUUCCUAUACAUUUCUUGGUUAACAAAUCCGUGGUAUGUCUUGCCGUUUGAAUUUAUGCAAGGAAUCACCCACGCUGCAGUUUGGGCUGCAUGUUGUUCGUAUAUAGCUCAUAAUACACCAAAAGAAUUUCGUUCGUCUGCACAAGGAGUUUUACAGGGUCUACAUCAUGGUUUAGGACGUGGUUGUGGUGCGGUUAUCGGUGGAAUUUUCGUUAGUUAUUUCGGAACUACGUCUACAUUUCGUGGAUACGGCAUUCUGUGCAUUUUCGUUCUCGGAGGAUUUGUGUUCAUUAACUUUUAUCGCAAAGACGAGGGAUUCAUUACCGACAUACCUCAAACUGAAGAUCCACAUAAGGUUGCUGAAGAGACAUCACAUUUGGCUCCACACGGAGUACCAUCGAAUCCGAUUCCACGAGCUCUGUCAAGUACGCGCUUAAAUGAUCUACAAAAUCAAAACAAUGAGUACGGAACGUAUCAUACAACUGGUGGAGCAUUGGAUGUACCCGGAGGUGGCGGCGGUCAACGUAAUCCGUUUGCCAAGUAAAUUGUUUUUCGUUUUUGAUAAAUAAAAGAGAAGAAAAUUCUAGUUGUUACCUAUUCCAGUAAAGAAAUAGUAAUUUUAAAGUGAACAAAGAACAGAAAAUAAAAUUUCUUUUAACAAAAUUUUACCUAAUCAAUAAUCGUCUGGUGUAUCGAUAAAAAGAUCGAAAUUAAAUGGAAGAAGAACAUUUAAUUUUCUGUUUGAAAAAAACAAAUUUGUGUAAUUGUUGAACAAAUUGUACUUGGUCGUUAAAUCUAAAAUUAAAUUUAAGGAAAUGAAACGUAAAAUU